AUGGGUUGCCUCGGUCGAAAGCAGGUCGAGAUUCGACCUGAACAGAAAUGGGAUGCAAUCAGUCUAAGAGACUUCAAGUCAACGUCCUGUUUCACACCCUUCGCUUACGGCUAUCUUUACUUUUCUCUUCUUAUAUCCGUAGCUGUCUACGGCGUCGAUACUUUCACUGCAAUUAACUUGCUAGCUUUCAACACCUGGUCGUCUACUAUUGAGCCCACACAACUUGUCCCAUUCGAUGUCUCGAAAUGGAUCUUUUCAAUUUGCAUUAUUGCCUCAUUUAUUAACUUGGGAUUUGAACAUCUGCGAGCGAUGAGAGUCAUGAAGCGAGGAAGUGUGGCUGAAUGUUAUCUUGACAGUCUGGCUGUGCGCCUGGAGAGUGUUCGGUUUGGACAGGGCCAGGGAUGGAGGCGUUUCCUUGUUUUCGCCGAAUUGACUAAGUCUAAGAAAGGCGCUGAAUAUGUUGCGCUUUUCACCUACUUCAGUUUUCAAGCUUGGAUCCGAGUUAUCUUCUGUUCUGGACCCCGUCAAGUUAUCAACGCCUUGACUUUAUAUUCUGUCUAUAAAUCAGAUCUUAUCCCUACCGAUGUCUCUUCGGUGCAGAGCACGCUCGGGACCUUCUAUGGCAAGCUCCAACACCUUGCCGAUGAGAACAAGCAGCAGGUAGUGAUCCUCUCGGGUAUGGUGUUUACCGUGGUUAUCUGGGUCUUUUCUGUAUUAUUCCUGCUCACUGCAGCCUUGUUCUAUGUCUUCUUCCUCUGGCAUUAUAUCCCUCGACAAGAUGGCGGUCUUGGCGGCUACUGCGAACGAAAGGUCAACAAACGAUUGACGAGGAUCGUUACGAUUAAAGUCAAUAAGGCUAUCGCUAAGGAGGAGCGAGACCGAAUGAAGGCGGAGGUCAAGGCCGCGAAGAAAACUGGCGAAAAAACACCUGUUGGACGACAGGCCACUCUGCCAACUUUCAUGGAUGCCGACAGCGAGGAUAAGCUCCCUGAGAUGCCUAUGCUCAACCGCAACGAUACGAUGGCCACCUUGCCUCCAUACAGUUCAAGACCGGGUUCUUCGCAUAGUAUUGAGCUUAACCCAUGGGAUCAGAAACGCCCCAUUGCCACCCGACAGAACACAACGACUACGAACGCAUCUUCUACUAGUUUCUCGUCUCGCGCUCCUUUGCUUCCCAGUGCUGCCAGUAUGGGCUUCGAUCGAUCAGCAUCCCCAGCACCGACUCUACCUCAGAUUGAUCUCAACAACUAUCAGCCACCCCAACGACCGGGAACUGCGGCCUCGAAUAGGAGCUUUGGUCCUGGCCCAGGCCCAAUGGGCCCUGGACCUAGCCGUUUACAAACCAGCGGGAAUGGAUUUGGAGGUGGUUAUAGUGCAAGUCCAUCGACAUACUCUGCAUCGGAGCCUUUACGAUCACCGCCUCCGAUGGAGAACUAUAAUCGACCUAUGCCUCCCCGCCCGGCAAAUCAGAUGACUGGUCGCUCUAGUCCGGCGCCGUCAACUUACUCAAAUCGCGGCCCCCCACCAGGCCCAGCCUAUGGCCCGAAUGGCCAGCCCUACCCUCCCCCUCGUAGUAUUACGAAUCCAAUGCCCCCUGUGCAAAGAAUGCCGCCUCAGCGGAACAUGACGGCUCCAAUGCCACCUCGACAGCCAGACGGAUACUACGGGCAGCGCUCCGGAACACCUUCGGGCCAGAGGAAUGGGGGUCAGGGCUAUAAUUACGGCAGUGAUAUGGAGGCACAGCGCGGAUAUCCGAGAUAUUAG